AGCAGACACAAAUGAGAAGAAGUAAAGGACUGACCAGCCAAGCGCCCUUUCUACUUGGCGUGAUAGAUAUACCUUGAAUCAACACAAACGAUCGUGUCUGUGGCAAAGAACUCGCAUCGGCCGAACAACCGCUUAUCACAUUGGUAACCUCACACCUCCCCUCAUCUUGCGCGGCUGAGACCUAGCACAGAAUAUCUAUAAUGGAUCUUGGACUAGGGCUUCAAGGCGAUGUGGUGGUGGUGACGGGCGCAGGUGGGCAGAUAGGCGAGGUUAUCGUCGAAGCAUUCCUGAAUGCUGGCUGCUUCGUUGGUGGCUUCGAUAUUGAUAAGUCCAAGUUUGUCAAGCAACACCAAAAUCUCCUCUGGGUUGCGGUCGAUACCACCGACGAGGCGGGCAUGAUCGCCGCAUGGAAGAGCGUCGAGGAACGGUUCACGACCCCUACACUCUGCGUCUGCGCAGCUGCAGUUGAUCUCAGCUUCAUCGAGCAUCACUCGUCUAUUACAAAAAUGCCGACUAGCCAAUUUCGCAGAACUCUCGACGUGAACACAACAGGGACUUUCAUAACGGCAAAGUUAUGGCUUCAGCACGUGGAGAAAAUGGUCAAGAAUAGCAGUACGAAAGCGAACGACGUAAAUGGCUCGUAUUCAUCAGCAGCUCUACCACGAGACAAGAAAGAAAAGAACAUCUCAUUGAUCAUCAUUGGUUCAGAGGCUGGAGAUUUUGGAGUCGCCGGCAACCCAGACUAUGCAGCAAGCAAAUCAGCAGUUCAAUUCGGUCUCGUCAUAUCCCUAGCCCCAGAUGCUGCUCGCAUCUGUCCCUCAGCUAGAGUCAACUCCAUUUCCCCGGGAGCUGUCGAUACUAAGAGAUUCAGUACAGAAUGCGCCGAGGACAAGUCUGGUACACUUAGAUGGAUCGAGUCCGAGUCGACGGUCGCUCAGAAGAAGGCGGUGGAUAUAGAGGGUAUUGCGAGGAUGUGCAUGGUGCUGGCGAGUGAGAAGUGGUCUCCUUCGGUUACUGGUCAGACUGUGAGGCUCAAUGGCGGGAAGAGCCUUUGCAACGAGCACCAGCAGCUAUAUGAGUGGCAAGCAUCAAAUCUCGCCAGCCUGGGCCCUACUACCCCUUAUCUACCCAAGUCUGGCAAUGUGUGGCGACGCUAUCAGAGUGUCGCGACUUGA